AUGCUCGUUUUCAAGGGCCGUCGCACCGAUCGUGCCGUACGGAUCCGCUAUACGCUGCGUUCUGUUGAGGCCAUUGAAUAUCUCGAAUUGGAUAUAGGCGGCCUUGUCGCGGUAUACGGAAUUCGUCGUGGUGUAUUCGAUGAACAUGAGACUAUCGAGAGCCUUGUGAAUGGCGACGAAAUCAAUAUCCGGUGGAAAGAUGAAGCAUUACAAUGGCCUUUCUUUGUUCAGGCCAAGCCUAGGGGUCUCGGCAUUACGAAGGAGCCUAUGAGGGACGAAAAUCAGCGCGAAUAUCUUCAGCGCAUUGCCGAUCAAGUAGGCCUUCGAGCGACGGACGGCCGAAAGGUCACGAUGUACGGGUUUCGCAGAAACCUGGGUACUGCAAUCACUCGAGUGUACGGGGCUGACAGUGCACGCAAAGCCCUGGGCCAUGAGCCGAGCUCGACAGCCUUGGAGCGCUCCUACGAUGAUGGGCUCUCGUACCUUGACUUCGUCGGUGGCCUCCUUGGGGAGGAACAGGUCGGUCCUCUUGAACUGCGAGCUGGCAUGGAUUUGGCAGUAUUUUAUAACCUCUGCUGCAGACUUUCAGCAGCGCAAAAGCCUCCGAUCCUCUCAUCAAAGGAAUCAAGUUUGCGAGUUCCCGUGCUCCCCUUGUUAGCGCGGCAAGCGCAUGAUCUUUGGUGUUGCGAAAGGGAAGAACACGAUAACUGGAGGGAUUGUGUGGUACGUGAGUCUAAUACCGUAUCCAACGACUCUGACGUUUGUCUUCCCCUUCACUCGAAUAGUACGAUCCCCUCGCCAUGCUAA